AUGUGCAGAGUAAUGAAAGCUAGUUUUACCAGAAAAGUAAAUUUUGAAUUGUGUCUCCUGUCUGACUGUAUUCUUUUGUCAUCCUCUAGUCCACCCACAAAUGAAUUAUCAGGAGUGAACCCAGAGGCACGUAUGAAUGAAAGUCCCGAUCCGACUGACCUGGCGGGAGUCAUCAUUGGCUCGGCCCCAAUAACAGGUGAUCCACAGACAAGUGAAUUUAAAGGAGCAACCGAGGAGGCACCUGCGAAAGAAAGCCCACACACAAGUGAAUUUAAAGGAGCAGCCCUGGUGUCACCUAUCAGUGAAAGUGUGUUAGCACGACUUUCCAAGUUUGAAGUUGAAGAUGCUGAAAAUGUUGCUUCAUAUGACAGCAAGAUUAAGAAAAUUGUGCAUUCAAUUGUAUCAUCCUUUGCAUUUGGACUAUUUGGAGUUUUCCUGGUCUUACUGGAUGUCACUCUCGUCCUUGCUGACCUAAUUUUCACUGACAGCAAACUUUAUAUUCCUUUGGAGUAUCGUUCUAUUUCUCUAGCUAUUGCCUUAUUUUUUCUCAUGGAUGUUCUUCUUCGAGUAUUUGUAGAAGGAAGACAGCAGUGUUUUUCUGACUUAUUUAACAUUUUAGAUACUGCCAUUAUUGUGAUUCUUCUGCUGGUUGAUGUCGUUUUUUUUUUUGACAUUAAGUUGCUUAGGAAUAUUCCCAGAUGGACACAUUUACUUCGACUUCUACGACUUAUUAUUCUGUUAAGAAUUUUUCAUCUGUUUCAUCAAAAAAGACAACUUGAAAAGCUGUUAAGAAGGCGGGUUUCAGAAAACAAAAGGCGAUACACAAGGGAUGGAUUUGACCUAGACCUCACUUACGUUACAGAACGUAUUAUUGCUAUGUCAUUUCCAUUUUCUGGAAGGCAGUCUUUCUAUAGAAAUCCAAUCGAGGAAGUUGUGCGGUUUCUAGAUAAGAAACACCGAAACCACUAUCGAGUCUACAAUCUAUGCAGUGAAAGAGCUUAUGAUCCUAAGCACUUCCAUAAUAGGGUCGUUAGAAUCAUGAUUGAUGAUCAUAAUGUCCCCACUCUACAUCAGAUGGUGGUUUUCACCAAGGAAGUAAAUGAGUGGAUGGCUCAAGAUCUUGAAAACAUCGUAGCGAUUCACUGUAAAGGAGGCACAGUAAUAUUUAAGGUUGUUCUUAAACUUUGUGAGAACAUUUUAGAUUAA